GGGGAAACUCAUGGUUCUCCACUGGAGACGCAGGAGUCGUCAUUAGAGAUGUUGGGGUCACAAUCGGGGACGGGGAGAACUUGAGGGUCGCUACAGGGACUUGGGCAUCACCAGGGAUAGCGGGGAUGUCACCAGGGAUGCGGGUGUCACAGCCUGGGAAACUGGAAGAUGAGGGAAAGCCGUCCCCACCCGAAAAUCCCACCUCAGCCUCUGCAGGCUUGGACCCCUUCCCUCCUUCCUAGCUGUUUAGCAAAUUAGCGACCAGCUUUUGAAUGCUUGCCGCUUUCCCUAGUUAAUUCCGAACUGCGGUAUCUUUCAUUUAUUUAAUUGCCACCAGUAUCAAGAGGUUUUGUCCUUCAAGUGUGAGGUUUUGGCCGCGCCGAAGCACCGGGGACCCUGCGGGUGGAGAAAAUGGUUCCAGCCAGUCCGCGCUCUCUCACACUCGAGGCAGCCUGCCUAUUGUGCGCCUGUGAUUGACAAGACCACGAGGCUGAGCGCUCUCGGGAAUUUUUUUUUUUCCUCUAUAAAUGGCUUAAACCCUCGGUCUAGACGACUCAUUCGGACAUUCGGGAGACAAUUGCUUUCUUGUUCAUUGCGGGUGAACCCUGGCUCCGGGGCUGACCUGGAAUUUAAGGAGCCCCUCCCUAAACUACUAGAAGAUAAGCCAGACCUGGGGCGGGUUGGGAGACUGGGACAUCACUCCAGCUGGAGCUGACACCGGGUGCUGGACGGUCCAGGCUCGGCUUUUCUGUUUUCUGUGAUGGACUGCAGUAAUGGAUGCGCGGUGCCCUUUGCUGGAGAACGAGGAUCAGAAGUGGCUGAGACUUUUAGGGCCAAAGACCUUGUCAUUACAUCAGCCACUGUCUUGAAGGAAAAGCCAGACCCCGACUCUCUGGUGUUUGGAGCCACGUUCACCGACCACAUGCUGACGGUGGAGUGGUCCUUGGCAUCUGGAUGGGAGAAACCUCACAUUAAGCCUUUUGAAAACUUGUCUAUACAUCCUGCUGCCUCAGUUUUACACUAUGGUGUGGAACUGUUUGAAGGCUUGAAGGCCUUUCGAGGAGUCGAUAACAAGAUCCGAUUGUUUCGGCCUGAACUCAACAUGAAGAGAAUGUGCCGGUCUGCUCUGCGGGCCACUUUGCCGGUGUUUGACCAGGAGGAGCUUCUGGAAUGCAUUCGGCAGCUCAUACAGAUAGACCAAGAGUGGGUCCCCUAUUCCACCUCUGCCAGUCUCUACAUCCGCCCCACAUUUAUCGGGACUGAGCAAUCUCUUGGAGUCAAGAAGCCAUCCAGAGCCUUGCUCUUUGUGAUCCUGAGCCCUGUGGGACCUUAUUUUUCUAGCGGAACCUUUAAUCCAGUGUCACUGUGGGCCAAUCCAAAGUAUGUCAGAGCCUGGCAAGGUGGAACUGGGGACUGUAAGCUCGGCGGCAAUUACGGUGCGUCCCUUUUGGCGCAGUGCGAGGCAUCAGAGAACGGCUGUCAGCAGGUCCUCUGGCUCUAUGGCGAGGAUGGACAGAUCACCGAAGUGGGCACGAUGAAUCUGUUCCUCUACUGGAUAAAUGAAGAUGGAGAGGAAGAGCUGGCGACACCUCCGCUAGAUGGCAUCAUUCUCCCAGGUGUGACGAGGCAGAGCAUCAUGGAGUUGGCACAACAGUGGGGUGAGUUUAAGGUGUGUGAGAGAUACCUCACCAUGGAUGACCUGACCGCUGCCCUGGAGGGGAACAGAGUGAAGGAGAUGUUUGGCUCAGGGACGGCCUGCGUCGUCUGCCCGGUUUCAGACAUUCUCUACAAGGGCCAGAUGCUGCACAUUCCAACAAUGGAGAAUGGUCCCAAGCUUGCAAGCCGCAUCUUGGGAAAGUUGACUGAUAUCCAGUACGGAAGGGUGGAGAGCGACUGGACAACAGUGUUACCCUGAUGGAAACCCCAUUGGGUUGGUGAUGUGCCACAGAAGACGGACCUCUGCCCUCAACCGUGACCACCUGUUAGUAGUUUUGCAUAUUGUAGUUGCAGAGUUCAUGUUUUACCAAGUGGAGGUUUUUCCUUGAGCCACAGAAAAUUGCCAAUGCCAAAUGUCACCUGUAAAUGUGGUAGUAAUUGCUUCCUGUAGCAAUCUCUGGAAAGAUGAUGAUAAAUGCCUACCCUUGUCCUGCACAAGAUCCAAAUUUCUGUUCCUUAGUAGAAGGUAGGGUUCCUCAACCAAUGAGACCUCUGUAUGAAGGAUGACCCGAGGACAUUUCCUAGGUGGCAUCCCUGUGGUUCAUUGGUGUCAGAAACACACAGGACAGGGCUUUUUGCUGUGAGUUUUUGUUGUUGUUGUUGUUAUUGUUGUUGGGAGUUGGACUCCCUAGGUAGCCCUGGCUGGUCUGGCUGAUCUGGUAUUCCCUAAUGUCUGGCCAGGCUGGUCUCAGACUCAUGGCAGUCCUCCUGUCUCAGCCUUCUGAAUGCUGGGAUGACAGGUGUGUACUAUCAUGCCUUGAUUUUUUUUCUUUAACAAAUUUGGUCCCCUGGAUUUCCUUCCUCCAUGCUUUUGUAGGUCCUUAAGUUCAAGCUAAAGGCAGUCUGUCCCUUCUUGGUGUUAUGGUCUGCCCCAGUCUCUGGGUGUCUGUGAGGCUCACACUCACUGUUCCCUGUCCUCUUUAUACAGUAUUAUAACUGGCUGCUCACUGUGCUGCUAUGAGACUAGGGGUCCUAUGCCUUCUAGAUCUUUGUGUCCUCAAAGCCCAGCACAAUAUAGGUAUUCAGCACAUGUUUACUAUAAAAAUGAACAUAGAAGUAUACUUUCUAUCUCUCCAUGCUGAAGCCCUCUUGGGAGCCAUGCCUAAUUCUGGUAACAAGUAGCAGUAGUACCUCAAGCUGUCUUUCUUGUCCAUGGAAGACAUCACGGUCAGUUGGAAGAAUUAUCUUAUAUUUUAAGAUUAUUAUUAUUGGAACUGAAAUGAUUGCCCUGGACAGAAUUCAUGAUAAAAUAACAACCACAUGGAAAUUACAGAUGCUGUACAUUAAAUGUUAAAUGCCAAAUAGAGGGGUAGGUAGGGAGAUACACUCUGGAUUUUGAUCUUAAUCUGCAUUUUGUGCCAUUCUCUUAGGUGAGCAUUAAUGAGCAUCUGGUGGGAUAACAGAAUAAUUCCAGAGAGUGUUUUCCUUGUUUAGGAACUGUGAGUGAAGAAUUCUUUCAUCUUUCAGUUUAUCCAGGAGAAAGUCAUGCCCUGAUAGAAAGCACUCACCCUUGGAAGGUCAGCUCUCAGCCAUGGUACUGUGGCUUCUUGGUCGCAGUGGCUUUCAUCUUACUGAUGAAACUUGGGUCUCUUUAGCAUUCCAGGGGAGGACAUUGUAAAAACUUCAUCCAUUAGAGACAUUCCUUAGAGACAUUUAACAAUACAUAGCACUUUGGUUCUGUUCCAAAAUGUUUAGCUAUUGAGUCUUUUAGACAGAAACAGUAAGAAGCUGGGAGAAGGAGAAUGUGAAAGGAGAUAGUAAAAAUACGUCUUCGUGGGCCUUUCCCUUGGUGACUGAAGUCUUGGGUGAGGGGGUCCAGCUGCUCUCCAACCUUUCCUGCACAUGUUCAUGAGGCAGCAUCCUCAGAGAUGCUUCUGGCUUCCCACGCCCUUUGACCUAAGCUUCAGUAUCUGUCUGGGAGAGCCGCAGGUGUAUUAGCGGUCAAGAAGUGCAGAAUGACCAGGCUGAGUUGUCUGCCCUGAGUCCACUUUAGACUUUACAUUUCUAAAUUAACAGUGGCCUGUGUGAUGGUAGAGAGCAUAUGUUACGACCUCUUACAUAAAAACCUGUUGAGCUUCCCAUCAGUUAAAACCGAAGGCAGGACAUGUGUUUUUAAAAAAAACUUGGAGGUCUGAUACAGAGCUCAGUCUGCCAUUGAAGUAACAGGACAGGAGAUUAACUUUUGAAAUGACUUCUUAAGUAGGCAUAAAAGGAAUGUCUGGAAUACUUUUUUCCUUGUGCACUGUCUAUUCAAUUGCAGGGGCAUAAUGCAGCAGGAGGGUUACAUUGUCAACAGGCAAUUACCCCUUCAACAAGACUCACUAAUCCCAACACUAAUUGAUCAGUUAAGGCACAAGACAGAAUAGCAUUAGGAACAUGUAAGGCUAAUCUGUUGGGUGCAAUCAACAAAUUAAUAUUAUUGCUGAUAUUUGCAUAACUGACUGCAAUUAUUUCCUGUUUAAUUGGGUUGAUCCAAUGAGAUUCAGCAAGUCCCAUGUGAGCAGGUAUAAACAUAACUAAACACAACUGGUAGUUUAAGAGGAUGGUUAGCUUAUCUUGCAUGUCUUGGUUUGUCAGCUUUCCCCAGAGCACAUGUGAAAAUCAGGAGUUUGAAAGGCAGAGAGAAUCGGAGCCUUGGCUAAUGUGGUUUGCUGAUGGAAAUGUGGUUAUUAGAAUCAGUUUAUCAAGGAUUCUACUAAGGGUGCUUAAGAAGAGGCCUCAGGUCCUGAGAAGUGCUUCGAGCUGUCAUAGAGAAGCAGGGGGGACUGCAUAAAUGGGCGAUUUCUGGCCUCCUGUGCUUGCAGAGGCACAAAUAGAAGAGGAAGUGACUGAGAAACUUGGUUAGGGAGCCAUGUUUUUUCCUGCUGAAAGAAACAAGCUGUAGUGGGGUCUAGGGAGAUGGCUCAGUGGUUAAGAGAACUUGCUGCUCUUGGAGGUACCCAGGGUUCAGUUCACAGUACCCACCUGGCUUAAUUCCAGUUCCAGGGGAUUUGAUGCCCUCUUCUGGCCUGUAGGGGUACCUACAUGCACAAGGUGCACAGAUAAUACACUGCGGCCCACAUACAUAUAAAGUAAUCUUAAACAAGCUGUGUGUUAAUGUAGUGUCAGCUCCGUGGAGAGGGGAGAGGCUACCUCAGUCACUCUGGGAUACAAUCCUUAUUGUAGCAGUUGUUGCUUGAUAAUAACACAUCUCAACAAGCUGCCUUCCCUCUGUGGAGCGUUCCUGGGCACGUAGAGACAGGUGUGAGCACAAGGGUAGAAAGACUUCUUGUCACUUCUGCACUUUGGGUUUGCUUUAAGGGAAUUAGCUGAAGCACGAAGCUGCCCCUGGAAGUUCUUUUCUUUGCCUCCCUAGCUCUGUGUUCUACAUAGUUCAGCGUCCUUUCUUCAAAAUCAUAUUUAAUUAACAUCUGUGACCGAGGCCGAUAGCCUCUCGGGAGACAACAGCUGCUCAUUCCCACUAGAUGGUAACUUCUAAGCUAUGUAGAGCAAUAGAUACUCUUGGAUCACAUCAAGGCCAAGGACUUCGCUGUUUCGUGUCCUGACCCAAAUAAGGUAAAGGAACCCUUCCUUGCUGAGUGGGUUUCUUAUGAACAGGCAAAUGCUGCAGUUACAGGCCAUGGGUCCAGGGAGUGACUUCAGGGACAUGUGAUAGCAACUGUCACUUUGUUUUGACGCAGGUAGAAUUUGUUCAGCUUUCUAUGGUCCACAUAUCUAUGCCCCCUAAGAAGCAAAGGGUUUCAGAUUCCUUUGUAUUAUGUGUUACUGGACAGAGGCCAUGAGGAUGCACACUGAUUGCAUGCCCACAAUGUACACCUCACACAGCCAGCAGUAGGAUAGGAAGUUCACACAGAAAGUAAGUAGCAUGUAAACAUUACCUCAUGGCGUGUGGGCUGAUAACCUGAACUAACUUUAGACAUAAAGUGAUGGUAAGCAGACAACAGAAGGACCUCAGAGCACAGCUCUCUAAGAAAACAUGUUUGGUUUCAUUCUUUGUGAGGAAGUCUUGCUGCGUGUGAUCUUUGCUGCUGCUGCUUCAGGAAGUUAGAGCUGACUGAGUUCCUGUCCUUGUGUCUGGAUUUCCCCAGGCUCGCCAUUUCCCACCCGGAGCACCUGCCAUCUGCAUUCUUUUAUUUUUAUUUAUUUAUUUAUUUAUUUAUUUUUGGUUUUUCGAGACAGGGUUUCUCUGUGUAGCUUUGCGUCUUUCCUGGAUCUCGCUUUGUAGCCCAGGCUGGCCUUGAACUCACAAAGAUCCGCCUGCCUCUGCCUCCCGAGUGCUGGGAUUAAAGGCGUGCGCCGCCACCGCCUGGCCUGUCAUCUGCACUCUUAUCUGUCACCUCAUUCUUCUGAAGCAGUGUUGUUGUCAGGCGCAUCUAACAGACCGUCCGUGUCUGCAUCUUUGCUCAUCUCAAUAAACUCAAAGCAGGAUUAUGUGUGAAAGAAGCAAAGGAAAUGACCCCAGAGAAACAUUCCGACUGUGUUAUCUUCAGUGGGGAAAGCUGUGGAAACGACAGCUCAGAGGGAACAGGUCAGCCACUUGAGGGGUUCUCACAGAAAUGUGAUUUUCAGUUGAAGGUCCCUGUUUUCUUUAGUGCUGGGGGCUGAACACUAGACAAGAACUUUACUACUGAGCUGCGUCUCCCUCUUUACUUUUUAUUGUUUGGUUACAUCAUCUCACUUUUGAUGCCCAAAUUUGCAGACUCUGUAACCUAGGCCGGCCUUAGAUUUUCAGUUUUCCUGCCUCAGUUGAGAGGCACCAGGCUCACUUUCAGUUUGAGGAUUUGAAUACAGAAACAAAAGCCACCGGUUCUGGUGGCACAUGCCAAUAGGAUUUGCUGAAGGAAGUGGAGGCAGGAGAAGAGUCUGAGGCCAGCCUGGGAUACACAUUAAAAACAAACAAACAAACAAAGGCCAUUUAAAAUAUUACAAAGUUAAUUUUAUUCCUUUUUAAAUUAUUGUUGAAAAGCCUGGGUAGAAUCAAGAACCUUGGACCCUUAGGGUGUGUUCCAUUGUGGGAUGACUCAUCCAUAACAGGCUAGAGGGCCAGCUGGCCCAAACCAGUAACAAUGAUACUUUCUGAGAGCCAACCUGGGUCUGCUUAAGGGCCUUAGCAACAGCAGCUGAGACAUGAUCUGGAGAUGACCUGGACCAAUGAGAGGCAGCCAUGUCACACCAGCAGAUGCAUAUUCAUCAGACUUCCUCCCCCAGGGUUGGGUGGAGGGUAUAUAAUGCUUGCCUCUUCCUGAAUAAACUGAGCUUGUUGUUUCAACAUUC